CCGUGCUUUGCGGCGGGAGCUUCAGUAGCCGCCUGUACGUCGACCGGAAAGCCCUUCACGCUUUUACGCCGCGAAUCUCCGGAGCCAGCGCGCAGCGCGCCAUCCUCGGGCGACGAGGGAUCGCAAGGGGCACCCUUGCGGCCUACGCAACCCCCUGGUCAUUCGGUGUUGGUCGCGCGGUUGCUUUUUUUUUUCCUUCGCGCGUCGUGUCAAAGAUCGUUCCGCGCGAUCGGCUGCAUCGGAAUCCAAAGACAAGCGUUGAUUAAAAAAAGAAGAGAGGAAAGAAAAGGGGGCGGUGAAGAAGAGACCGAGUUCGUCGAGGGGAUAUACAGUGUAGUGCAUCCGAAACCGAUGGAUCGCUCGUCGCGGAUCUCGUCGGAGUGUUGAUAUGAAGGCGGAUCUGUGAAACGGGUGAAUGAGCGGGCGUGUAUAUGAGUGCGUAAUCGACGAGAGCGUUAAUCUCGAAAAGCGCAUCAUGCCAAGUGCCGCGGGAUACCGAGACGCGCAUUCUGCCCUAUCCGUGUCGCUACUUUGCGUCCUCCUCGUCGCCGUCACCGGCGUUCGCGGGCUGAGCAAUGUGUCAAUCGACCUUCCACUGGCCGUGACAGCUGGCACAACAGUCAACUUGUCCUGCAGAUACGAUCUACAAUCGGAUAUCCUUUACACUGUCAAAUGGUACAAGGGCUCGGAAUUUUUUCGAUACAUCCCCAAGGAGAUGCCGCCGAUCGGUGUGUUUGGAGAACUCGGGGCAAAAGUCGUGACAAAUCGGAGCGACGCGCAUCGAGUGGUCCUGAAGGAUGUACAGCCCAAUCAUACCGGCAAAUAUCGCUGCGAGGUCUCCGGAGAUUCCCCCUCGUUUAAUACCAUGAUGGUCUCUGGUUACAUGCACGUAGUUAGUCUGCCGAACGGCGAUCCUCAGCUGCGGGUCGAGAAGCCACGAUAUGCAGUCGGCGACACCGUGCGCGGAAACUGCACGGUACCGUCGGGAAAUCCUCCGGCUAACGUCACGUGGACUGUCAAUGGGACACCGGUAAACUCGAGCUUUAUUAUGAACAUCACGGACAAAGUUGGCGACAAUCAACAGCAAAUGACAGUCGCGGGAUUGGACUUUGAGACGAUGCAGGAUAACUUUAGCAACGGCAGAUUGCACAUUGUUUGUCACGCCAAUGUCUUUCAUCUAUAUCAGAAAAAGGCCGAUGUACUUCUGACCGAGGAACGUCCGAAACUGGCAUCCGUCUUAGGAACACGAGAAUCUUCCUACAUUGGUAACGCAGCAAAGAACACUGCUGAAUGCUUCUACAUCACUGCUGUAAUUACAUUGCUGCUUUGCAACCUGAGAUAACAUCAAUGAGUCCAAUACGUUUUAUGCGCACGAUUGUAUCGCAAGGAGGGAGUAUAAAUCGUUUGUAAAAUUCUGAAAUUAUUAAGUGGAAUUAAAACAAAACCUGGAAAGAGAGAUCUUUCGUUGAAAUAACUAACGAGCGUAUGUUAUUCGUGUAAAUAGGAUAAAGAGAAAAAAUUUAGCGAAUUAAUUAUCUAUAUGUACGCGAUCCGCGCCCACCCCCGCCGGGCAAUUUGUAAUCCGAUAAGUAAUGUGUCAUAUUAUUAUGUAAUAGACCGACGAAGCGUCGCGGCGCCCAACCACCGACGACUCAUUUGGCAAAGUAUCGUACCGUCUUUUCUAUCCUCCGAAAGAAUGAUUUUGAUACCUCCUCCGUAACAAUGUAGCCAACGCAACGUGUACUGCCAUGUUUAUAGGUGAACACUGUUAUCGUUUAUAAAUGACAUUUUAUUUCAAUGAGAUAUGAAUAAAUGAGAAUCACCUUCGUUACUUUAA